AUGGGGGUCGUCGAUGGGUCCAUGCUGGAUUCCUCCUUGGAUCAGCUUCGGCCGGGGGUUGUGGUUCCUCCGGCAAGGGAUCUGGUUGUGGGUGUUGAGAGGGUUGUAAGAUUUCGUAACUUGAGGAUUUUCCUCAAACAAGAACGGAAGUUAUAUGUCAUUGAACAACCAUUUCCUAUUGAACCAUUCGGUAAUGCCUCGAGAGCUGAUAGAGAUGCUCACAAGAAGCAUCUCGAUGACAUGGUAGACGUUGGAUGUCUUAUGCUUGCCACUAUGAAUCCUGAGCUUCAAAAGCAACAUGAGGACAUGUGUAAGCUGGCUGAAGGAAGCCCAGUAGGACCUCAUGUUCUUAAGAUGAUUGGCUAUAUUGAAAGCCUGUUUAAGCUUGGGUUUCCAUUGGGCCAAGAGUUAGCCACUGAUGUUAUUCUACAAUCAUUGCCGGAUAGCUACAACCAGUUUGUCCUCAAUUUCAAUAUGAAUGAAAUUGACAAGACUCUGCCAUAG